GGCUCCACCUGGGCCAGGUGGUUUGCCCCCUCCUAAUCAAGGGAUGGGUGGCAUGCCACCAGAAAAUCCAGGAUCUAAUGACACACAAUCAUCGGGGCGAAAAGGAGGAAAAAUGGAGAAAUAUUCAUUCGAUUCGACUGCCCUCGAAAGAGCAGCGCAAGCUGCAAAGGACCUAGAGAAAUCGGCACAUGCUAGUGAAGCGUUACAAUUGUCCAGGAUGCAAGAAGAGACCAAACAGUUGGAACAAAAGAGUAAAAUGAAGGAAUCAGAAACUAUAAAAGAACAAUUGAGAAUUGAGUAUGUUCGUACAUCAGAAGAAGAGAAGAGAAAGACAUAUGGCGAGCAAGCAAAACAUCAUAAAAAUAAAGCAGAUUAUGAAGACAGAUUAGCACGACAGCGAUACACAGAUCAGCUGGCACAAAAGGGAAAACAGGAAGAAGAUAUGCGAGCAAGGAAUGAGGCCUCCAUAGCCAAACAAGAACAAUUGAAAAAAAAAACUCUGGAUUAUGAAUAUGAACUGCAACAUAAAAAUGAUAUGGCACGUAUUCAGGCUGAAAUCAAAGGAAAGGCUAAAGCUGACAGAGAAAACCAGGACCUUAUCAAAGAACAGUUACGCAUCAAAGGCCAGGAACAUCGGCAGACUGUGCUCGAGUCCAUUAAGACUGCAGGCUCUGUGUUAGGGACUGGCCUUCAGGCUUUCAUCUCAGACUGGGACAAAGUUACAGCUACAGCUGCUGGUUUGACAUUAUUGGCGGCAGGAGUGUACUCUGCUAAGCAUGGGAUAGGUGUGGCAGCCCGAUUUGUUGAGGCCAGACUUGGCAAGCCAUCUCUGGUUCGAGAAACAUCUCGAUUAACAUUCACAGAAGCCUUUCAACACCCAAUAAAGACUGCGCGACGGUUAUAUACAAAGCCUGACGAUGCUCUAAAAGGAAUUAUCCUAAAGCCUGAGCUUGAAGAGCGUUUGCGAGAUAUUGCAAUAGCGACCAAACACACAAAGCAAAAUCAAGGAUUUUAUAGAAAUAUUCUAAUGCAUGGUCCUCCUGGUACUGGAAAAACUAUGUUUGCCAAGAGUCUUGCUAAACACUCUGGGAUGGACUACGCCAUUAUGACAGGUGGUGAUGUAGCGCCUAUGGGAAAGGACGGAGUCACAGCAAUGCACAAAACAUUUGACUGGGCUAGCACGAGUAAAAGAGGCUUACUGCUAUUUGUAGAUGAAGCUGAUGCAUUUUUAAGAAAGCGAAGCAAAGAACAUAUAAGUGAAGAUCUACGGGCAACAUUGAAUGCUUUUCUAUAUAGAACUGGGGAACAAUCAACAAAAUUUAUGUUAGUGUUAGCAAGUAAUCAACCUGAACAAUUUGAUUGGGCCAUAAACGACAGACUGGAUGAGAUGGUGGAAUUUCAGUCCCCAACACUCGGAGAACGAGAACGUCUAGUGCGACGUUAUUUUGACCUCUACUGUUUAGUACCAGCCACAGAGAAACGAGGGAGACUGAGACUAGAUGAGUUUGACUAUGGUGAGAAGUGUCUGGAGAUAGCAAAAAUGACAGAGGGUCUAUCAGGGAGAGAAAUUUCAAAACUAGCAGUAGCAUGGCAGGCCAACGCUUAUGCUUCUGAGACCGGCUUACUGACGGAGGCCAUGAUGGAGGAAUGUGUAAUGAAUAGUGUCAGACAACAUGCGAAAAAAGUUGUCUGGCAAGAGGAGAGUGCUGCUACGGAAAUGAGGGAGAUCGGUGAAUCAUAUUCCUCGGAGAAAGAUGCUUCCACAGGCAUUUCCAGCAUGAAGACAGAUCCCACAAGUUAACACCGAGGACAUAUAGGAUGUUUUAAUUCACAGAAAAAAUCAUUUGUCAGGGCUUAGAAGAUUUAGUUCUAGGAUGUGACUGUUGGACCAAAGACUGGUAUUUUGUUUGUAUGUGAUUGAGAUACAGAUGUUAAUUAGGCUGUGUUAUAACUACUAGGAAACACAUGUAAUUGAUGUUGUUUUCUAGACAAUGCUGGAAUUUGUAGUUAUAUCAUUGCAUGAACAAAAUAACACUGCCAAAAAAUACCAGUCAUUGUAGAAUUUUCAGAUUUUGUAGAAUUAUGUUUCAAAUGAAAUGACAUUAAUUUGAGUUUUAUGAUACUGCCAUUUCAUGGUCGGGAGCAUUUAACAUACCCUUGAUCAUCUGUCCAUCAUAAUUUUGUUUCCUCUAUUUACACGUCAACAGAUGCAGAUAUAGAACUGUAGCUUGGUGUAGAUGAGAUGUUAUAAUGAUUUACAGUUCUGAUCUGAUAAGGGUCUAUUUAUUUUUUCAGAGUUAUGGCCCUUUAAUAAUAAUUAAACAAUAAAAACCUUUAAGAAUUAAAACAAAAAUCACAAUAGGGUAAGGCUAUUGCAUUGUUGCUACCACUGGUAAGAAUUUUGGAAAAUCACAGAAAAAAAAUUAAUGUACAACACACCUUUUAACAAAGUCAUUACAUGUUCCUUGGUUGCUUUCUGGGACAUUUGUGUUGAUUUAGUUUAAGAUUAUCUCAAGAAAGUUCCUAAAAUGUUUUUAACACAAUUUGUUUUCCUGGUAGAUUAUUAGAUGCUAUUGAGCUGAAAAUUGGCGGGAAUGUUAAAAAAGGGAAGCAGACAAAAUCCAAUAUGGCCACCAUCUCAAAAAAACCACAUUUUUACUUCUCAAAUCCCACUGGUGUCUUAGAGCUGAAAUUUUGCAGGAAGGUUGAGAAAAUGAGAAGUAUCAUAAUAGAAGUUCUCAUAUGGAAGAUGCAUUACUAGUCAACUUUGGAAUAAUUUUACUGAAUUAGGCAACAAUCAACAAUCCAUUUAUAGAGGGCAGACUAUGAGUAAUGUCAGUGUGAUGUGUGUGGAGAUGGUGAUUGUAUUUUAAGAUGAAUCUUGCAAUACAUUUUGUGUGUGUGUUUGUAGAACAUUUCAUUCAGGGAAUAAGAGUUUCUUGCCAGAUUCCGUUUAUUGCUAAAAACCUCUGAAGUGAAUUCAAUAUCAAAGUUACCAAAUUAUUUUUUUUGUUACAUGCAGUAUUACUCUGCAAAAUACUGAAAAAGUUAUUGUUUUUACUUAUUAUGAAUAGAUUAGACGAGUCUGACUAAUUGUUUUUGCAUAAAAUAAGGACAGACCUGCUGAUUGUAAUUUUGCUUCCUGAUGAGCCUUGAAUUAGCCUUUCAUGUCCUGUAUAAAUAUUUGCAGCUCUGUCUGUAGCACUGAAAAGUAGAGGCUUCUGCAGAUUCGUAUAACGUAACAUGAGUUAAGUCAGAAAAAUAAUAGAAAACAAGAAUGAAUUUCUGUUUUAUUUAAUUAGGUAUAAAUUUUUACAGUUAUAAAUAUAAAAUUUUGAUUGUGUUGACUAUGACUUCAUAUAUUUACUUAUAAACAGUACUGUCUGUAACCAAACCUGAAAGUACACCUAACACACGAUCGUUGCUGAUAAAAAUAUUUUCCAGGAAACUCUAGAUAUUAUAUAAAGAUAUCUUGUAUAAUUGUAAAGUUAUUCACAUACAAGUAUAGGUUUUCUUUGAAUUUGUUAAUUGUCGUCAGCAUAAUUACUCCAAUUAACGCAAAAUCCUGUAUACAUAUUACAUGUAGCAGUCCCUGUCCAUUGUCUGUAUCAAGCAUUCCGAUAUUGAACUAUAAUUUACAGUAUAAUUAGAAUGGUAGUUAUGAAGCGACAAUUUUGAGGAUAUUCUAUGAUUUAGAAUACUUGUUUUGUUCAUUAUAACAGUACAGUAAAAGUAAAUUGGUGUUGUUUUCUUAUCACAUGAACUGAACAACUAUGGUUGAAGAAAUUGACCAUCUGGACAAAAGUCACUAAGUCAAGCUUUAUAAAAUGUCUGUAAACUGCUGAUGUGCCAUAUUGAACACCAUUGGAUCAGACAACCUGGAAUAAACAUUGAAAUACUCUGACUUGAUAUUAAGAUAAUCUCUCAACCAUUUAAGUCAUAGUGGGUAGUAUUUGUCUGGUUUAAUUAUUGAACUCUUUCCCACAGUUGAUCCGGAAGUUGAAUUAACUAGAGAGGUCUUACAUACAAAGUUAAGUUAUCAUGCUUAGAGCUGUUUUUUUUUUCCUGGAACAAAUGAGAAAGUUAAUCAGAAAUAACAUGUUGUUUUCAAAUAUGUGUGUGAUGAUAGGUAUUGAAAUUUUCCAAAUUAACGUGUAAUUGAUUGAUUUGAAAAUUGUGUAUAAAUGUAGAGAUACAAUGUUGUAUUCAAAUAUGAUGUAAUGUGAAUAAAGAUUGUGACAA